AUGACACAAAUUUCAAUGCUUUUGAUUUUUCUGCUUUCUACUCAAGCCUAUAGCUCUGAUAAAUAUCUGUUAAAAUCAGGACAUGAUGCACGCCACGAUCCAAUUGCUAACGACAUACAAUACCAAUUUUAUGAUCUCAAAAUGCAAAAAACUGAACGAGAUUAUUCAACCACUGAUCUUAAUUCUCUUGUUGAUCAAAUUGCUAAUGAGUUCAAUCUUGACCGAAAUAGAGUUCAAGAUUAUUUUAAUCGCUGCAGAUGGUCUUCCCUUGCCAAACAGCUCUUCAACAAAAUUGAUUUUGACCAAGAAGCUGUAGGUAAAAGAGUUGUAUGCUUAGGCGGAACAGUUAUCAAAAUUACAAAGGCAGAUGGAGUGUUCUAUGUCAAUUGCCGUAAGGCUUAUGUUUCCAGUAAGCUUAUUCAUAUUGCUUACAUGGCCUGGUCUAAUAAAUUGGGUCUUCCUUUAUCAUACUUUGUUGCUGAAGCAUCACGACCUCUUUCUGCAUCCACAAUAACUGAGAUAUAUAAUGCUCUAUCACUUAAGAUUGAGGGAGACCUCAAUGUUUAUAAAAACAUUUAA